UGCUCUGGUAGUUGAUCCACCUCAAGGUUUGAUGGGUUGUUUGUUCUGAGUUGCGCUGUCUUACACCAAUCAGCCAUAACAUUCUGACCACUGCCAGGUGAAGUGAAUAAGACUGAGUAUCUCCUCAUCAUGGCACCUGUUAGUGGGUGGGAUAUAUUAGGCAGCAAGUGAACAUUUUGUCCUCAAAGUUGAUGUUAGAAGCAGGAAAAAUGGACAAGUGUAAGGAUUUGAGUGAGUUUGACCAAAAGGGCCAAAUUGUGAUGGCUUGACCACUGGAUCAGAGCAUCUCCAAAACUGCAGCUCUUGUGGGGUGUUCCCGGUCUGCAGUGGUCAGUAUCUAUCAAAAGUGGUCCAAGGAAGGAACAGUUCUCUUCCCCAUUCUGAUGUUUGAUGUGAACAUUAACUGAAGCUCAUUACUUGGAUCCGGAUGAUUGGCUGACUCCAUAAAUGAAAUGUUCCUAAUAAAGUGGACAGCGAGUUAAAUACUACUCGAGUCCUUCUGGGUGGGAAAAAAAUUCUGGACAUUUGUAUGACCAAUCAGAAGGAAGAUCAACAUGCUCGACCUUACAUUACCUCAUCGUUUCCAUAGUAACAGCUCAUUCCCAGGGAUGUGUACCACGUUGGUCCGAUCCGAACCGCUGUGAAAGCGCCGAUUCAGGAAAUGUAACAAUAAACGGAUAAAGAAGUAGAUUUAGUACAUACUGUAACUUUAUCACUGAUUCAUUUCCUGUGACAUCACACCCUGCUCUGCCAUAGCACUCCAUCAUUAGUAGGUACGACCAAUUUAUUUAUUUGUUUAAUACUUAUAUGAAUAACCUGCACAAUUUGUACAACAUGAUCAGAAACAAUGGGUUAAUCCAUGGCUUUAUUAGAAAGUGGAUUAAAGGGAUGUUCCUGUUUGGCCACGCCUCCUGACAGACCUAUUACAGACACUGUAGAUCCCGGGGGCGGAGUUUCACAGACAAGGGGCGGAGUAAGAAUGCAGGAAAGAUUGUUUUUGGUUUUUAAAUUGUGAUGCUAGACAUCCUGUUCAUUUUCUUUCUUUCUUAGUGACGCCAUUGAAGAACCGUCUUUGGUUCCCUAAAGAUCCAAAUGAUUCGAUUCUUAAGAAUCAUUUAAGCAAUUCUUUUUUCCUUAGUGCUAUCAAGAACAUUUUUAUAAACUAAAGAACCACUAUUCCACUAUUGCGUGUUCAUGGAAAUGUUCCACAGAUGGUAAAGGUUCUUCGUGGAACCGUACAGUCUGAGAAAGAACCAUUCAGGAACCUUUAAUUAUAAGAGAGUUAAUUAGAGUUAAUUGUCACUUCCUGUUGACUGAAUCUCAAUCUGCUGUGAUUUCUCCUCAUUACUGAACAAAACGUCUAGAGUCUGAAGAAUUCUGAGAGAACCAGAGAGAAGGAGAGGAAAAGAGAGAGAAGCAGAGUGAAGGAGAGGAAAAGAGAGAAGGAGAGAGAGGAGAGGAAGAGAGAAGAGAAGAAAACAAGAGAAGAAGAGGAAGAGAGAGAAGGAGAGAAAGAGAGAGAAGGAGAGAGAAUGAGAUGAUGAGAGAAAGAGAGAGAGUGAAAGAAAGAGAGAAGGAGAGAGAAAGAGAGAGAAUGAGAGGAAGAUAGACCAGGAGAGAAACAGAGAGAAUGAGAUAGAAUGAGAGAGAAAAUGAGAGAAAGAGAACGAGAAAUAGAGAGAGAGAAUGAGAAAUAGAUAGAUAGAGAGAAGGAGAGAUAGAGAGAGAGAAGGAGAAAUAGAUAGAGAGAGAGAAAGAGAGGUAGAGAGAGAGAAGGAGGAAUAGAGAGAGAGAAGGAGAGAUAGAGAGAGAAGAAGCGCUAGAGAGAGAGAGAGAGAAGGAGAGGUUCAUGUUUGCAGUCUGCUACUCCAGCUCCAGGUUUUCAGUCUGCCUGUGCAUCCGUAGAUCAGUCCCCCGCGUGUGUGUGUGUGUGUGUGUGUGUGUGUGUGUGUGUACACGCUCGACUCGGCUCUGCUCUGCUGCAGUGGAGCCUCAGACGCCGAGCCGAUAGCUACUCCUCCACGGAGGGCGCCGCAUCCUCCCGCGUUUUUCCUUUUUUUUUUUUUUUUUUUAAAUGCUUUCCACUUCUUUCUCGCUUGCUCUCGGGGGGAAAAAUAAAUAAAUAAACAAACAGAAAAGGGGGAGGUCCUGGAUGAUAGAGUGAAGAUUAAAGAAAGAGGAAAGGAGCUUUAAAUCAACAUAGGGAGAGAGAGAGAGAGAGAGAGAGAGAGAGAAUCCAUCCACACCCAUGUCUGUCAUCCGAACAGAGGAACGCCAACGGACCCACAUGGUAGCCCUGAGGUACUCCGCCGACAGAGUCACAGUGCAUGCUGUGUGCUGAAGCAGAAGACCAGCCAUAUUCAUGGUCCCCCAUCCAGUACUUCGAUGAAGACAGCUACCCCUCCCCUCCCAGGAAUAUGAAAGGUCUAUCAGGCGGUCGUCCCCAGCUAAACAUCACAACUGGACACUCCUGUGGCCUGACAGACUGCGACCACUCCCUCGACCACCUGCAACAUGGUGUUCCCGAUCCCCGCUCGUCUUACCUUCUUAGCCCCACAGAGAGUUGCCCCAUGGACCACCACCGCUGCUCGCCGCGGAGCUCCAUCCAUUCGGAGUGCAUGGUGAUGCCUGUCUCCAUGGCCUCUGACCACGUUUCCAGCAGCACAUUUCCCAGGAUGCAUUACAGUUCACAUCAUGAGAGUUCGCGGGAGGAUGGCACCACUGGGCAUGGCAGUGGCGGUGGUGGUGUUAUUGGAGGGGGUGGAGUAGGAGGAGGUGUUGCAGGUAGUGGUUCUGGUUCUGGGAAAAUGAACCGAAUACCUGCUAACCUCCUAGACCAAUUUGAGAAGCAGCUGCCCAUCCAUCGAGAUGGAUUCCACACGCUGCAAUACCAGCGCACAUCCACGGCUACCACCAACAGCGAGCAGCGGAACGAGAGUCCAGGUCGGAUCCGCCACCUGGUGCACUCUGUGCAGAAGCUCUUUACCAAGUCCCACUCGCUGGAAGGCUCCUCCAAGAUGAACGGCACCAAGGGAGACUCGCGCUCGGAAAGCGGCCAUCACCAUCACGGGCACCACCACGGCCACCACAAACACAGCAAGAGGAGCAAGAGCAAAGAGCGCAAAGCUGACUCCAAGCACCGCUCAGGGAUCGCCGGGUGGUGGAGCUCUGAUGAUAACCUAGACAGUGACAGCACCUACCGGACUCCCAGUGUCAUGAGUCGGCACCAUGUGGACCACAUAAGUCACUGCUACCCGGAAUCGGUCCCAGGCCAUUUUGGAGAUCUUUCACUUAAGACCUCCAAGAGCAACAAUGACGUGAAGUGUUCAGCAUGUGAGGGCAUGGCCUUGGCUCCUGAGGGCAAGUUCAUGAAGCGGAGUUCUUGGUCCACUUUGACUGUUAGCCAGGCCAAAGAGGCCUACCGCAAGUCCUCGCUCAACCUCGAGAAACCUAUGAUGCCUCAAGACCUCAAGUCCCCCAUGAGGCCUUGUCAUUAUCUUCAGGUCCCUCAGGACGAGUGGGGCGGAUACCCUGGGGUAAAAGACGAUGAGAUCCCAUGUCGGCGGAUGAGGAGCAGCAGCUACGUGAAGGCGAUGGGAGACGAGGAGAGCGGCGACUCGGACGGAAGUCCGAAAAACUCGCCGCAGAAGAGCGCUCGGCCCGGCGGCCUCAUCAAGAGCGUGCUGCAGAGGCAGCUAUCAGACCAGAGCUCAUACCGUUUGGAUAAAUCGAGCAGUGACACGGUGAAGUACCUCGCCAAUUUCGCUGCAGAUUUAAGUCAGAGCUACCACCUGCAAGCGUCCAGGGAAAUCCACCCCAGCAUCACGCUGGACCCAUCACCCAAUUACAACUCACCCAAAUUUCGCUCAAGGAACCAGAGCUACAUGAGGGCAGUUAGCACGCUGAGCCAAGCUAGCUGUGUCAGCCAAGUGAGCCAGGUGAGCGAGGCCGAGAUGAACGGCCAGUUCGAGUCGGUGUGUGAGUCGGUGUUCAGCGAGGUGGAGUCGCAGGCCAUGGAGGCGCUGGAUUUGCCCGGUUGCUUCCGCACACGCAGCCACAGCUACCUGCGUGCCAUCCAGGCCGGCUACUCACAGGAUGACGAGUGUGUGCCUUCCAUGAGCUCGUCCACUGUCACCUCCACCAUCAGGUCCACGGCUGAGGGGAAUGAAGUGCUCGAGGGCACUGGUUUACUUAAUGAGGACAAUUUUUUCAACAAGGAGGCAGACAUGACCUCCAUGUCACAGAGGGAUCUGAGCCAUCCUACGAGAGAAAGUGAAUCACGAAGCCUGUACAGUAAUCUUUCUUCUACCACAGUUCCCUCACUGUCCCCACACAAGCCCAGUAUCCCUGUCAGGCCACGACCUGUUCCAUCAAGUGUACAAGAGACAGCUGACCUGGCUCUUGCGAUUAGCCAGCAGUGGAGGGAGGAUGUGUCAGCCAUGCGAAAGGAACUAGCUGAGCUCAGACGGGAUCUGUGCACAGAGCUUCGGGCCUUUAACAGCAACUUUUCCACUUUUGCACAGCGCUACAACACAUGGUCUCCAAACUGGGCAAAGGGAUCUCAAAAUCGUUCUGAUCAUGUAUCUGUCAGUACCCAGGCUGGGAGCAAAACUUUGGUGCGACAGAACACAGCAGAUGCAGCAGUGAACUGCCCUUCACCCAUUGAUCCAAAUGUUUUAGCCAUGCAUUCACCAGAUCCGGAGCCUUUAGAUAAAAAUAUCCUGCAUGUCUCCACUUCCAGACCUUUAUUCCAAACAGACCCAAAUUCUCAAUUGGCAGAGCUUGAUGAUUUAACCUAUGCCAACUUGACUCCUCCAGAACCUGUGGACCUGUCAUUACUAAGCUGGCCUGAACUGGAUCCUGAUCCGAUGACCCCUCCUGAUCCUCCAGAACCAGAACUACCUUUAGACCCUAGAUAUUAUUCAAAAGUUUCAAUGUCUGAAGGGGUGGACUCAUUUGUACUAGAUAUCACAAACCUAGAGCCUGUAAACCUAGCAAGUUUGCAUUGGCCAAAAUUGGAUCCAGACAGCAGUUCUUCAGAAUCAUCACCUCCACAAGAGUCUCUUGAUCCAUCUGUAUUAUAUCCCUUCAUUCAAGAGCCUUUAAAAGAAGUUGAGCCAUGUCCACUAUCUUCAGGUCGGCAUGUAGCAACUGAGCAGCAUCAGCAUCCAGUUCGAAAACCUGUAAGCCCCAUUGUACUGAUUGAGCCAAGUGAAGAAUGCCCAGAUUACAACAUUGAAGACUAUACAGUUGUUGAACCAGGUGACUGUCUUGUGCUGAAUCCACUGACGCCAGAGUCAAUGGAUCUUACUGAUUUGAAAUGGCCAAGUUUAGAAUCCUUGGACCCUGGUUUGCCCAGUCCAGGGUUUACAGAUCUUCCAGACCCUCCAACCCCAGAGGCAACUGAUUAUGAUGAACCUGCUGACCAUGCAGCUGAAGAGCCACCUUUCCCAGAACUACUGGACACUAUUUUCUUACAGCCAGCAACUCCAGAACCAGUAGAUUUAGAGGUGUCAAGCCCUGUGAGUCCAGAACCUAUGUCUCCAACACUUCAGAGUUCAGCAAAGUUUGAGCCCGAGGCUCAUUCUGUUGUUUUGUGGUCAAAGAGUGAAACUAUUGAUCUGAAACAGUCAGACUCCCCACCUCUAAACAUAAGAACUUCAAGCUGGUUAGAAAUGGAUCCUGAAAUCAUUAGCCCAUCAGAACCAACCUACAUGGAAUCAAGCGUUGCCUAUUUGACUCAGCUGUCCACCCUUGAGAGUGCUUCAGUGACACUUCCUGAACCUUUUUCUCCACACCUAGAUGACCAGUACCCUGAAGAGUCAGACGACGAAGUUACAGAGUACCCGCUCAAGCCAGAUGCCCUCGACUCUGCUACGAUUGACCUCCUAGAGUCAGAGACAGUCUUUUCAGCCAUCCUGUGUUCGGUGGAACCAGAUGAUCCAGAUGAAUUUGAGACUCUGACUAUGGAAGAGGCGCUGGAGAUAGUGGAUCCAGGUAACAGUUCUCCUGCAACUAUAGACCCUGCAACUGUGCACCCAUUUAACUUGUCCCUUCUAGAACUUCAGGCUGCCUUAGAUGUGUCUAAGAGAGAAACAACUGAUAACGGAUCUCCAAGAGGAACCAGGGCCAGCAGCUCAUCUCCGGCUUGUAGAGAUUUCCUUUGGAUUAGAUGGCAACGAAGGUUACGGGGACGAAUGCCCAUGUCCAGGAGUGCCAGCAUGGAGAUCUACCACAAGAAAUACUCCAAUAACUCAGAGAUGUCUUAUAUGUCUCUGUCUAUUUGAGUAACUCGAAGCCACACGUGGUGCAUCACAGGAUUUCUAAAUCAGAGGCUGAAGAAAAAGAGUGUGUGGUAAUGAAGCAAAAAUGUUUACAGGUGUGUCUGUUCUUUGUGAGAGUGCGAGUGGGUGAAUGGAAGACAGAAUGUAAAGAGGAGAGAGAAUGAGUUAGCCAAGAAGCCAUUAGGGAGGUUUUAGGCUAUAAGUGAUCCUUUAUUCAGAGCUGAUGAGCCGCAAUGAGAGGUCGUAGCUAAAAGCAGCUUGAUAGUCGCACCCACAUUGCAUUAGUGUCCCUGGGACACUCAGCACUUAUUUAACACUGAGCAGCAAUGACUCAUCCAUGAACCAAAGUCUCAGUCCCACUAUAAACUGCUUCUCUACAUUACUUUACAGUCUGCUUGGUUUGGCCAUUCCUUCUGAAUAAAAUGUAUUUUGGUAGAUACUGUGACUGCAUUGGCUGUGGACAGGAACUUCCCGGUGAAAAAUUCUCUAGAGUUCCUUUGAGAGCUUCUUUCUUUGAUAACCUAAGACUAUUAGAGACAUUUUCUGGUGUUGAAACAUUGACUGAUGCCGCAGAAAAGGAAUGUUUAAAAAAAAUAAAAAAUGCCUCGUCCAAAUGGGUUUUAAAAAAAGGAUGAAAACCGAACAUUUGACCAAAGACUGCUCAAGGGAUCUCUUUGAUAUAUUUUGUGGGUUUUGAUCAUCCUUUCCUCUGAAUGUGGACUAAUGGCGGUUACUUUGAGAUUCAACAGAAAUCAAACUGUUGAGAAAAAAAAGAAAGUAUUGAAAUGAUGUUCCAGGUAAUUCAAUUACAAGUCUUCAAAGCCAAAGCCUUGCUGUAAAACAAGCGAGUGGAUCUAGUACUGUGAAACUUUUGAAGACGCACGGGGGUUUGAACGGCUGCAGUUUGCACAGUUAAUGUGACAUUUUGAAUGCAUUCUGUACCUUACUGUUCCAUACGAGCAUAUAUACAAUCAAACGUAUAUACUGUACAUACACGGGAUGAAUAAUACUGAGAAGGUGAUUGAAUCCUGCUCCACAGAUGAUCAUUUUUAUAUAGAUAUUUCUUGAUUUAUUGUGACUAUACGGUUGAAUGUAUACUGUGUUUCUUUUUUUUUCCUGCAAUGACCGAAGUAAUAUAUGACUGUCAUUAGAUAUGCAAAGAGGAAACAUUAAGUUGUACAUCAAAAAUAAGGGCCACCAAUUUGUCUUCUUUAUGCUGGAAUGUAAAAUAGGACCAUUGAGGUCAAAUUCCAAGAGUCUAAUGGGCAAAGUUAUAUUAAAAAGCUAUAAACUCUUGAGGACCAGAAGUAGUAUGAAAAAAAAGUUGGUAAAGUUUCUUGUAGAAGAAUUUAUUCUUUGGGAUUUGAUUAAAAACUAGUGAGGAGAGAUUGAUGCAGUGAAUUAUAAGGUAUAAAAUGAUUGAAAUAAAUCAGGGCAACGAUCUUUAAUAGAAUAGUAUUUAUUCUAAACAAGCUAGCUAGGUGAUUUGCCCGUAUCUUGUCUUUUUAAAACAGUUCAUCUCUAAAUUCAAAUCAUUUGCAAAUGAACAGUAACCAAAGAUCCCGAUUACAGGAUACUGCUUGGAAUUGUAUCAAGUUGUAGCAGAUAAAGAUAGUCAUAUCAUCAAAAAUUUAAUCCUUACCUUAAGAAUCUAAAUCGUAUAGUAUUUUCUUCUCAAUUAGUUCAAUAAUUCUGAAAUUUGACAGUGGAUAUACUGAUUGGUUUGAGUGUUUAGGUUGUUCACUGGACAGAAAGGAUGAAUAAACUGGACGCUAUAUUGUUAGUUAGCCAGCCACCUAACUACCAAUGAAAAUAUGUCUUAUAUGUGCAGUAAGAGAGCGGUACAAAAAAUAAAAAAUUAAAUUAACUCCAAUUAUUCUAUAAAUAUUAAAAUUCUUUUUUUUUUUCAUUUCAUUGUCUGUACCGCUUAUCCGGGGACCUGUGCCUAUCUCAGGCGUCAUCGGGCAUCAAGGCAGGAUACACCCUGGACGGAGUUAAAAUAAAAUAUUAAAUAAAAAUGUAAAAUACAUGUAAUGGAAAAUGUAAUUUAAUGUCAGAUGAAAUACUUUCAGUUCAGCGAAUCUACAGUCAAUAUAUAAAAAAAGUCUGUUAAAAUCCCCCCCCCCCCAAAUAAAAUAAAAGUAAUAAAAUGUGAAAUAAAAUUAAAACAAAGUAAAUGGUCAAUUUGAAAAUAUUCUGUGAAUAAAAUAAAAGAUCUGGAUUAGUCAUAAAGCUGUAGAAUUGGGUGUGAACUCAGUCCUGCUUGUACUCUCGCUCAUUUGAUAACAAUGUUUAAUGUUUCCUCUUUGCUGCGAGUUUUCUGGCAAGUAAUAAAAAGUGGGUUAAACGCACAUAUUUCGACUGAACCCACCGGUGCUGUCAAGUACAGUAAAACACUGUACAGUAGCAUUUAAAAAAACAUUCAAAAAGAACAAAAAACAGAAAAAUAUUAUUGCUUGCUCAUUGCUCCAUCUUACCAUAGUGAAUCUGACCAUGUUUCAUCAGGCAGGAAGUAUUGGGCUGAGCUGUACGGGUAAUUUAUCGCAUGGAAAUUUAGAAAGUGUAUAUUUUUAAAAAAAAAAAAAUAACGAAGAGAUUAUUUUGUUGUAGUUGCAUAUCCGGAUGCUAUGCCGUAUUUUCCAGACCAUAAGACACUUCGAAGUAAUGAGUCAAAAUUUCAUUAAAUUUCACACAAUUCAAGCUGUAAGAAAUUUCUUAAUGCAGUGUUUCUAAUUUUUCAUACAAUUUAAGUAGCACAAAUUGUCAUGGGUGAUGAUGGAGUCACUAAUUUACAUUAAAUUCUAUACAAUAUGCAGUACCAGAUGUAGACUUGAACUUUCACACUUAACUUUCCAAUCAGUAACUCAGAAUCCACUAAACCACUAAACCACUAAAUCAGCACUCAGCACUGACCGCAUACUCGAUAAAGGAAGCCGUAAUUCCCACCCAGAGGAAGCCGUAAUUCCCACGCAGAGCUCAAGGCCAGAUCUUCUGGACUCCUGUAGCCAGUUGCACCAGCAGGGUGUAAGCUUAUUCUAUUGUAGCUGGAACCAAAAUGGCUGCCAGGUUCAAGUUUACAAAAGUGAUUCAUAGUUUCCAGGUAGUUAGAAUUUAAAAUUUGUACCUGCUCCAGAGUAGGUGCAACAUUCACCUGGUGAUUCCCACUGAUGGAACAACAUCCUAAUAUGGCAGACUUUUACAUUACUGGCAUUUAGCAGAUGCCCUUAUCCAGAGCAACUUACAUUUUUAUCUCAUUUUAUACAAAAUGAUGGUCAAGGGCCUUGCUCAGGGGCCCAGCAGUUUGGUGGACUAGGGACUGGAACAGACCUUCUGAUCAGUAAACCAACACCUUAACCACUAAGCUUAAGAGUUUAUCUGAUUAUGUCCAGGAUUGCGAAUGUUAUUUGAAAAAAUUAACUUUAACAGACGGAACCAGUACACGCUCGCUUGAUGGAUGGACGAUGUGACAGGAUGACCUCCGGUUGAGUGACCUGACAUCUUCACCUAUCUGAUAGAAAAACCGAGCACUUCAGGCAACUGUAGAAAGGGAGAUGACGCAGUUUCCUUUGUUUAGUCUCCAGUUGUUAGCUACCAGUUAGCUAACUUACACGCUAAAAAGUUAGCAUUACAUGAGAAAUCAUUGAACUUGUUCCCCAAUUUCUGAUGAGGUGGGCAUGCAUAAGAAAUAUUUAGACAUGAAAUCAAACCAUAAAUUAUACCAACAAAAAACAAAAGUUUCUUUAACUUUCUCUGAUAUGAACUGUGUGCUGCAAACACCAGCAUUUUUGAUGAUUGUUUCUGUCCAGUUCACUCAUUUUAUUGCCUUUAACCACAGCUGUUGUCGUUUUUUUGUCCUGCAGUGGCAGCAGCUAUGCGAUAAAAGUUAGAGCCUGUACUCUGUUGAUUCUGUAACCCAACAACACAACAAGAGAAUAUUUGUGUUCCUUGUUUAGGCAACUCUGUACUGGUUUGUAUUGGCUGUCUCCAGUUUUCCCUUUGUUUUGCCUCCAGCUAGCGCUGUGACGUAGGCACAAAAGGGGGUCCAUUUCAGAGUUCUGGCAUUUGGCAGAUACCCUCAUACAGAGUAACUUACAUUUGCUCAUGGGUCCAACAGUGGCAGCUUGGUGGACCUUGGGUUCAAUCUCACAACCUUCUGAUCAGCAGCCCAACACCUUAACCACUAAGCUACUACAUACCAUAUAUGAUUUCUACCCAGCUGCCAUGGUGGAGGCUAACUCGUGCUUCCAAAAGGCCACAAACACAAAUUUUGGAAACUCAGGAGUCUAGAAUGUUCCAGUUUUACAAUAAAACUUGCAUUAUCAUACAGAAAUGCUCUGGAUCCACUACUACCCAGACUCCCAGACUUUUUAUGUCAACAACAUUUAGGUAACCAUGCUAAGGUUGGGUGGCCAUGAUAAAUGACCACAAAUGAAGCAUUUAGAUGCGUUUUUAAAAGGAAGUAGAUAGUCAUGAGAUCAGUGUUGCUAGGCAACUGGCCAACGUCGAUGCGAACGUGAGUGACGGACUCCUUGCUAUUAUUUUACUUGAAAUACUCCAAACACUUUAGCCAGCUAGCAUGUAGCCGUCGAUUCAUUUAUGUGGAGGCAAAAUGAACAGAAAUAUCAAUUUUCUUUAAAUUUGCAAAAAAAAAUGUUAGCAACUUUUGUCAAAAAACGCUUAGCACCAACUGCUAAUAUUGCAUCACGAAUUAUUCUCAGAUCUUCUCAGUUUACACAAGAUCCCACCCGAAUGUAGCAACACUACAAUAGCUUCUGGUGUAGCAUGCCUACCGUAAAAUUAAAAAAAUUACUUUUAAGAAAUAUUACUAGGUUAUUACAAAAAUAUAUAUAUAAACAGGUACAUGCCAUUUUGCCAAACUUGCUAAACGUCCCUAAAAAAAGUGUCAUAUCGUCUGGAAAGUAAGGUAUACGUUAGUCUUGCCAUUAGACAUUUCUCUGAUGCUAAUACUCGUGAAUGGUGACUUUUUAUUUUAUUGAUUAAUUUUUUUUAAAUACUGUCAAUGCUGUCCAAUCACUGUGAGCUUUGGAAUGAUUUCAGCAUCAGCAUCAGUUUUGUCUUAACAAAUAUUAUCUGAACAUUUUGUGUGUGUGUGUGUGUGUGUGUGUGUGUGUGUGUUUUCACAAAAAUCUGCCUCUCUAAAUUUCCUUUCUGUAGACGCAUCACUGAAACACACAAUGGCUAACGGGUCGAGCGCUCCUAUUAAUUCCAUAUAUUUCUUUGUAUGGUCAUUGCUAGCACUUUCCAUUCAUUUCUUAGAUUCUUAGACACCAUUCUAAAUGUAUUCCGAAUUAUCUGAAUGCUA